GUGUCGUAUUGCAGAUGUGUUGAAUUCUAAACAAGUAACGGAGCCGGGGCUGUGCCGGUGUGGCCGGUUGUUAGAGAGUUGUUAAGUCGAAAAAACUUUUUUUUUAAACAAAAAUGUUAUGGUCGUAAAUGGUUGUGUGUAUGUAGAGUCUGAGGAGAAGAAGAGGGACAGCCCUCGACCCGGUGACUUAACUUUAUUUCACUGUGCGUCAUGAUUUCCAAACUCGGGCCGCCGCCAACUGACAGAGAAACUUUAACGGACCGUCACCGUCGAUGAAACUAACGGGAGUUUAAUGGAGACGGAGUAAAGUUUCAAAUGAAGUCAUGAAUUUCGGUGUCCCCGCUGAUUCUCUGUUGCUUUUCCGAGCCUGCGAUGAAGGCGACUAUGAGACGGCCCGAGGGAUCCUGGAGCCCGGAGCCCCGAAAGAGUCCGGGCGGCAGAGCAGGCUGCGGUCAGAAGCGGGGUCGGAGUGCAGCGCUGCGGACAUGUUGUCUCUGGUACCGGUGGACUGUACGGACGAGGAGGGGAACACCGCCCUGCAAUUCGCCUCAGCCAGUGGUCAUGAGAACCUGGUCCGGUUUUUGCUACGAAAGGGAGCCUCGGUGGACAGCCGCAACAACUACGGCUGGACCCCGCUGAUGCAGGCUGCUAGGUUUGGUCACCUGACUGUUGCCCACAUCCUACUGGAGAACGGGGCAGAGAUCAAUGGACGGAACAGGCUGGGUGCGAGUGUCCUGACCAUGGCGGCCCGUGGGGGACACACUCAUGUGGUUAAACUACUCUUGGAGAGUGGGGCCUAUGUCGAUGACUAUGAUCAUCUGGCUGUUGCUGCAGAGGCAGUCUCCAACGGCAACAACAACAACAGCUGCAGCACGGCUGGUUUUGGAGGUGGUGAGGGUUGUCCAGAGGGUGGAAGCGGCAGAGAGUUCAUGGACAUCACAGCCCUGAUGGUGGCGUCUCAACAUGGCCACGAGGCCACGGUACGCCUGCUGCUGGAGUGGGGCUCUGAUGUCAACUUCUCCCAGAAGACCACUGGCUGGGGGGCACUGAUGCUGGCCACCCUCAGUGGGAAGGUGGUUGUGGCUCAGCAGCUGGUGGAACGUGGAGCUGACCCAGACCGGGUCAACGUUCUGUCCAAGACAGCCUUUGAACUCGCCAUGCAGCUGAAACAGAGAGAGGUCAAAGCCUAUCUGGACUCUAUCACCACUGUCCGACCCCAGACAGACGAUGAGAGAAGAAGACCAGAUGUGUUCAGUGCCCUCAAGUUGGGAAAUUCCCAGCUAGUUAAAGAGAUCCUGGAGGAGGAUCCCACUCAAGUGAAUUCAUCCAACCAGGAGGGAGCGUCACCUCUGAUGAUGGCAGCGGUGAGCGGUCAGUUAGAGGUGGUGCAGCUGAUGGUGGAGAAGAACGCCGACAUAGACAAACAAGACGGUGUCCAUGGGUGGACGGCACUGAUGCAGGCCACCUAUCACGGUAAUAAAGACAUUGUCAAGUACCUUCUGAAUCAAGGGGCUGACGUCAACCUGCGAGCUAAGAAUGGAUACACAGCCUUUGAUUUGGUCAUGCUGCUGAAUGACCCAGACACUGAGCUGGUACGUCUAUUAGCAUCAGUGUGUAUGCAGGUAGAUAACAAAACAAAACACCGCGGCAGAGCCUUAAUGACUCGCUCCAAAAGUCGACAGUCCCUCAACAACGUCCCUGUGCCACCUGAUGACAAGGGAGGCCUGAAGUCCUGGUGGAGUCGGAUGUCAAAUCGAUUCCGGCGGCUCAAGUUGACUCACACCCUGAGGCAUGGCCUCUCGUCCAAUCGCCUGGCUCCCUUCCCUGAUGAUGCUGAAACAUCACUAGACGCCACAAUGAAGGCAAAUAGAAAGCCUGGUGCCGUGUCUAAUGGGGCACUGGCACCAUCCCCUGCCCUUGGAGGGAAUGACGUUAGCACUGCCUGGGCUGUUAAGAGCAAAGACACUGGUCUUUGCAGGGCAUCAUCAGAAAAGGAGGACUUCCUGAUAACCACAAUGCUGAGAAGUGGCGCACCCUUGACCCGGCUGCCCAAUGACAAGCUAAAAGCUGUCAUCCCUCCCUUCCUGCCUCCGUCCAACUUUGAGCCAUGGAACUCAGACCGCUCACGUCUCCUCAGGGAGGGAAAGAGUGAAGCGCCCCGCCUGCCCAUGCCACCCCAAAGGAAGCUAAACAGCAGUGGAAACUCAGAUAUUACGUCAAUCAGUCGUGUGGUUAGCAGGUCCAUUAAGUUUCCCAGCAUCCCCAAGGGGCCCUCCUCCUCCUCUCCUUCCAACUCUGGUCACUACCACUCUCCACACUCUUCUGGUGGCUCCAAUGGAGUGGCAGGGCUCAACCGGGACUCUCACAAUCGCUCAGGGGGCAGUGCAGACAGUGUUCUUUCCCAGAUAGCAGCCCAAAGGAAGAGAGCAGCAGGCCUGAUAGAUGUGAAGGUCCAAGCUCCAGAGAAACAGCAGGGCCCGGCACAGAGCCAACCCCCGGUGCCAGCCUCUGCGCCGGGCCUGCCGCUCCCUGAUAUCAGCCUCCCUGACAUCCACUCCCAUCCAAGCCUGGUCGCUUCUGACAUCCACUCAAGAAGGAAGAUGGAGCUGAAUAAGAGACCUAAGUCAGGGAAUUCCUCAACUUCCAAGAGCACAUCACCCACUCUGACCCCAUCUCCUUCCCCAACACCCAAACCUCCCACUGGGCCGGGAGACUCUCUGUCCUCAGCCUCUUCACAUCCUCGCUCCAAGAGCAGUGGAGGCUCCAGCAGUGGGACCAUCACUGAUGAAGAUGAGCUGUCGAGUAUCUUGAAGAAGCUGUCUCUGGAGAAAUACCAGCCCAUAUUUGAGGAACAGGAGGUGGACAUGGAGGCAUUCUUGACUCUGACAGAUGGAGACCUGAAGGAGCUGGGUAUUAAAACAGACGGACCCAGACAACAGAUUCUGGCUGCCAUAUCAGAGCUGAAUGCUGGAAAGGGCAGAGAACGCCAGAUUCUUCAAGAAACCAUUCAUAACUUCCAGUCCUCCUUUGGGAGCAGUGCCAGUAACCCAAGACAACCAGGUGAACCACGCUCUCCAACAGGUUGGAUGAGACAGCAGGUGCGUUCCUCCAACAAGAGGUAACCGGCAGCCCCAAUACCCAUCAGGAAAUACACCAAAGAAUCGGAGCCACAGACGUGGGAUGGAGCAGAUUACCGAAAGAUUUAGGGGAGCAGAGGAAGAGGACAAACUCCAUCUGACCCUUGUUCUGACCAUGAAACAACCUUUGAAAAACCCAAAUCCAAAUGUCAACAAAAGAUUAUCCCCACUGAGUCCCAACACACAAUUUUCCCUCUCAAACCGAUUGACACAGUUCUUGAUACAGAGAAACGUGACAGCAAAGCACGAGUUUGAGGUGUAUUGUGUAGCAUUUCUCUCCACUGGGUGAUAUUGCUCCAUUAUGUGUGACAAGCAAAAUACAAAAUAUUCACCUGGAGCUCAAACCUGCUGAAACUGAACCACACCAGCUGUCAUGUUACUGUAGUAAUGAUCAGCGCUCUGUAACGUGUUUGAUCAGAAAAAUGAAGGGAUUUUUGAUUAUUGAUUUGUUGACCAUCCAUCUACCUGUUUUACCAUGUAUCACUGUGUCUCAUUUGGCUCCUGAUUUUUGACAAAUUAUUACAAUAUCAUUUCUUUGUAAUCACUAAUUAUUGGUCUUGUACUGAGCUUAGUUGAUCCAAAUUUUACUUGUAGGCACAAAGCUACAGGUUUGGUGUGCAGAUGCUCUGGGAAGCUGAUCCAGUGUGGUAUUAUUUACACACUUUUGAAGCCUUAAUACCACUUGGAAAAGACAAAGAUAAGAUAAAACAAGAACCACUCAAAUGCUGUGAGUGUUUUGUAAUGCCCUCUUCUGUGCACUUGCACAAAUCAGUAGCUGGGGAUCAUUCAUGAGAUCUUUACUGACACCACAGAUACUUCCCAGUCAAUAUGAAACACAUUUCUAAGUUUUGCAGUAGACAUAUUUUGUCAGUGAUUUUGAAAAUGCCUUUCAUUGUCUAAUUUUGUCCUGGUUUUAGGCUUCUAUCUAUCUAUUCCCUGUCUGCACAAAAAGCAAACUGUUAAGCUGUGGUAUUAAACACUUUAGGGUCAGUGUGUUAUUGUUGCAGCAUUACUGCUCGUGUAUGAAUAUGAACAGUUGAAACUGCUCUAUUGUUGUAUACAUGGGCAUGUAAUCGUAUGUAUGUGUGCAGUAUUUCCUGCUCAUCCUGAGGGUCAGAACAUGCAUCCUGACCUCACAGAGACCCCCUGAGCUGGUCCGUUAACUCUGUUGUCAUGGAUUAUACUCUGGCUACACAAAUCCUCGUAACGCCACACAACAGCAUCAGACUAUGAACUGUGCUACUGCUUUUUGUGUUCAGGAUCAUCUGUGAGUGAGGUCAUCACUUCUAAUGACCCCAGCCAUUGUUAGAAUUGGACUAAAUUUAGGCCAACAACUUGAAUUCCACCAUGUUUUCUCCAUUAGUUUUCUGACAUGACAUUGACAAUGUUACUUACAUUCAUGCACUUAUUUGUGUGUGCGGUCAAAAUUGUUAGCAAUACUACAGAAUGUGUUAAUUGCGUCUUAAGUUGACUGUCUUGUUUUGGCAAUUAGCUUCUCACUGAGCAAUCAUGUAUCGCCUAAUGACACAAAGGACUUGCCCUAAAUGACAGUGACAGAGAUGUUUGGUACUUUCCAAUAUUGACCAACCCCAUUAAUUAUAAAUGUCCAUUAGAAUCAGACUUGUCAUGUCACAGCCCUGCAGGUCUCCUGAAAUCCCAUGGUGACACUAACAAGAGACAUCUUAAUCAAUGAAAGCCACACUAUUGCACCUGGCAGAUGGCUUUCACUAAGUCCUGUUUUUCUCCAUGGUCAUUAUUCUGAAAUGUGUAUUUAGCCACAUACACACACUAACUGUACGCACACAUACAUGCAUGCGGCCGUGCACUGACGCACACACACAUGGUUGCGUGCGAAGGGCUGCCCCAGCAGGAGCUUUAAGCCUGGGCUAAUCUGGAAGGCAGCUUGGAUAGUGUUGCCAGUGGAUUUACAUUGAUACCAAAGCUCCCUGUAGCUUUAAUGGCAGCCAGUGACAGUGUUAACAGGACCUCAGGACCUCCUCAGAUCCCCAGCCCCACCUGUCACAACAAAUACAACAUCACCCCUGAUGGAUACUUUGAUAUAACAGCAUGAUAGACAGCCAUCUGCUCUGUCAAAGGUGCAGUCCCACUGUCGCAUAAGAAGAGUUACAUUUCAAAACAUCCAUUCAGGAGAGUAAGAAAAUGAAGAGGCUUGAGUGACAAAUGUGUGUCAGGUUUCACUGUCACAUCAACCUCAAGCAUCAGGGCAUCGUCCUGCUUCUUUCACACACUGACUGCUUUAGCUCUGACAUUACUGAGGAGCAGUGGUGAUUACACAGUAAUUUAUUCUGGACUCAUCACCCUGCCAAAAAGCGCUCGGGCCACUGUGGGCCUCUGAAGGUCUCCUUAGCUUACAGAUUAAAGUUUUAGUUAGACAAACAUUUUUUCAGAGCUUUCAGAAGUAAUCUUAGUAGAUGGAGCAACAUCACAACUCUAGACCCUAAACAUUUACAGGGAUAUACAGGAUGUGAUCAAAUAGCAAUCAAAUAUAUUUUUAGCAUUUAUUUAUUGUAUAGAACGAUUGAAAUGCAGGACAU